AUGAUAGACAGUGCCCUAGAAGAUAAACAGCUGUUACAGAACCGUAAAAUCACGUUAGAAGAUCAGCUGCAGGAUAUCCAGUCGCUUGAUAGUGAGAUAUUGCGUCUUUUAGAAGACAUUGAAGACUUGGAAGAAGACGUUCUUUUGAGUGAAAUCGAAGAAGCAGGGUUGUUGAGAACUGAAAUGAAGGAAUCGAUACGAAGGUUAGAAGAAGCGUUGAUACCUGUCGUAGAGUCUGAACACAACUCUGUACGAUCGAUUGAAGACGAACAAGCACUGAGUCGUCGAAAUGUUCGAGUGAAGCUUUCAAAAUUGGAGUUGCAGAAAUUUGACGGAAAGAUCGAGCAUUGGCAAGAGUUUUGGGACUCAUUUUGUAGCUCAGUCGACCAAAAUGCUGAAUUGUCUGACGUCGACAAGUUCUCCUAUCUUCGCGGCUUAUUGAAGGAUAAAGCGAAAGACUCAAUUUCUGGUUAUGCAUUGACGGCAGCAAUUUACGAGGUGCAAAAGAACAGUUAA